AUGGGACAGAUAAUGUCGACGAAAGUUGUGAGGCAGCUCGAGUAUUACUUCGGUAACAUCAAUCUUCCAAAAGAUAAAUUUCUCCAGGAUACGAUGAAGAAUGAUGAAGGAUGGGUUCCUAUCAAAACCCUUCUCACCUUUAAUCGUUUGGCAGCCAUAACUACUGACGUGGAUGUCAUAUCAAAAGCCGUCAAGGAGUCUAAUUCGGAAGUAAUCAGCGUGUCAGACGACGGCCUUAAAAUACGACGCAACAUUGGAAAUCCUCUUCCUGAAAAUUCUUUGGAAUACUGGCAGAAGAUUAAGCAUUGCACAGUUUAUAUGGUGAGUAUUCUUUCUUUGUUGAUUUUGCAUAGUUUUCUUACGAGGGCAAAGCGUGGCAUUCCACAGCUCAUCUUUUUCAAGAGCGAUUUUGGUGGCUAG